AUGGUAGAGUAUUUCACGCAGCGUGGAUACCGAUGUUACGCACUCACUCCUCGGUGGGGCUGCGAUGCCGCCGUUGCCCAAAAAAGCACUGUCUUUGACAGCCGUCUUGACGUUGCUGCUGCGAUAGCAUAUAUCUGUGAGCAAGAGCAAGAGAAGCCCAAGAAGCCCUAUGUGAUAGCUCAUUGCCAAGGCUCGGUGGCUCUCUGCGCAGAACUACUGGAUGGUACUAUCCAGGGUAGCCAACUUCUCGGUAUUACCGCCAACUCAGUCUUCAUGAACCAUGUCUUUGGAUAUUGGAACUCCCUCAAAGGAAGAACGACCCUACUGAUCCAGUUUUACAAAUUCAUGGCUGGGAAUUACUUCUCAAUUGUCAGCAAUGCUAAGAGUGAUCUUUUCCAACAAUUACUCGAUACUCUCCUUCGUUUCUAUCCUGUUGGGCACACGCGAGACGUCUGCACGUCUACAGCGUGCCACCGGUUAUCGUUCGGUUUUGGGUUGCUAUGGAACCACGAGAACCUUGACAAGGGUCUUCAUGACAAUUUCCACCAAGCUCUCGCGGGGGUCCAUACAAGGUUGAUGAAGCAAGUGGUUCGCAGCGGAACUCGGGGAUCCUGCAUGGAUAAUGAUUCACGCCCUCUUUUGACGGCUGAGAAUUUACAACGGCUGCAACGGUUACCGAUUCUAUUUGUCUCGGGUACGGAUAACCAAGUAUUCAAUCCUGAGACUACCCUCAAGGACUAUGAGUUGUCGCGACGAAAGUUUGGCGAGAAAAUUUGUCGCAGAUUUCUAGUCAAAGGGUACGGGCAUAUUGAUCCUAUUGUGAAGAAAAAUGCGGCUGAUGAUGUGUAUUGGAGAAUCUUUGGACAUUUGUACUGGUGCACCAAAGAGAUGGAAAAUAUGAAUGUGAUGACCAAUGGAAUAUGA